AUGCGGGGGCUGGUGGCGCUGCUGGCGGCGCUGAGCUGCGCGGCCCCGGCGGGGCGGGCGGCGGCUCCCGGGGGUGCCCUCAGCUCCAACGCCAUCAAGGGACCCCCCCCGGGCGGGGCGGCAGAGACCAGCGCCGCCCCCGCACCCCCUUUCGACGGCAGCAAUAAGGCCCCGCCGGCCGCCACCCGACAGCCUUUUCCGUGCGCCGAGGACGAGGACUGCGGCCCCGAGGAGUUCUGUGGGGGCGCGGCCCGCGGCGGGGGGGCCCCGCUGUGCCUCGGCUGCCGGCGGCGCCGCAAGCGCUGCCUGCGCGAUGCCAUGUGCUGCCCCGGCAUGACCUGCAGCAACGGGCUCUGCACGCCCCUGGAGCCGCCGCACGGAGCGGCCGAGCUGGACGAGACGGGCACCGAGGCGCUGCCCCGACGGACGCCCGCUCCCGCCUGGAUCCCCACUGCCAAAGGAGAGGAGGGCGACUUCUGCCUGCGCUCGUCGGACUGCGCGGCCGGGCUGUGCUGCGCCCGCCACUUCUGGUCCAAGAUCUGCAAGCCGGUGCUGCGGGAGGGCCAGGUGUGCACCAGGCACCGGCGGAAAGGCUCGCACGGCCUGGAGAUCUUCCAGCGCUGCCAGUGCGCCGAGGGGCUGGCGUGCCGCCUGCAGCGAGAGCACGGCCCCGCCGACGCGUCCCGCCUGCACACGUGCCAGCGGCACUGAGCGACGCGCGGACACACGGACAGACGGACGCGUGCCGGCGGCACCGAGCCACACACGGGCAGACGGACGGACGCGUGCCGGCGGCACUGAGCGACACACGGACGCGGGCGGGACAGACGGACGCGUCCCCGUCCCGCCUGCGCGCGUGCCGGCGGGGGCUAAGCGACGCACGGACGGGACAGACGGACGCAGGAGUGCCGGCGGGCACUGAGCGACACACGGACGGGACAGACGGACGCGACAGACUCCGGCCCCGCCGGAGCGAAGGUUGUUUCUCAAGGGAACUUCUCCUCAGCGACUUCUUGCAGUACGUUACUGUGUUGUGAAUACUCGAGCUGGCACUUAGCUGUACAUAGCGCCGGGGGUUUUAAUGACUGACUUUUAAUGGCUUUUAAUGAGUUUUUUUAUUUGGUGUUGUCUCUGAGGGCGCUGCCCGGCGCUCUCCGAGCCGUGACUGUGACUUUGUACACACUGGGUUCUUCCGUUCUGGCUCGAAGGGAUGCCACCGAGGGCGUGCGAGCGAAUAAACUCUUUAAAUUCACCCCGCGCUGCCUCCAGGUCCCUGCCCGGGGGAGGAGAGAUGGGGGCGGGGGGUUCAUCCCCAGCAUCCCAUGGGAACGGGAUGGGUUGGAGCUGUUCAUCCAGCCGCUUUUUAGGAAUUCCCUGGUCGCCACCGAUGCCGUCUGGCCGCCAAACCGAGGAGAGGGAGCGCGCUUGGGGCUCUGGGAAGGGCACCUGGCAGCAGAAUCCCGCUCCCUGGUUUUGGGAGGGAGGAGGGAA